GGGAGUAUGAGCGAGUUCCGCAUUCACCACGAUGUCAAUGAGUUGCUCAGCCUGCUGCGUGUUCAUGGCGGUGAAGGAGCCGAAGUCUACAUCGAUCUUCUGCAGAAGAAUCGAACGCCUUACGUUACCACGACUGUCUCUGCGCACAGCGCGAAGGUAAAAAUAGCAGAGUUUUCUCGAACUCCUGAAGAUUUUUUAAAGAAGUAUGAUGAGCUGAAGUCUAAAAAUACAAGACAUCUAGAUUCUUUAGUUUAUCUACUGUCAAAACUCACAGAAGACAAAGAGACACUCCAGUAUUUGCAACAAAAUGCCAAAGAAAGGGCAGAACUUGCAGCAAAUGCAGCAACCAGUGGCAGCACAAAUUUUUCCAUUCCCUCAUCUACUUCCAAGAUAUCUCUACAGGAGCUCGAGGAGCUACGCAAGCAGCUGGGCAGUGUCGCAGCCAACUCCAGUGUACAGCAGCCUCUUGAACUUACACGAAAAAUCCUCCGAGAUAAGCAGAACAAGAAGAAUUCUGGUCAGCCUAUUCCAGUAUUUCCGUCCUGGGUGUAUGAGAGACCUGUACUUAUUGGCGAUUUCUUAAUUGGCACCAGUUUAAGCACGGACACAACGGUACCUAUAGGUACCUUGCCAUUAGCCUCUCAAGAAUCCAUGAUUGUGGAAGACUUGCUGUACGUUCUGAUUGGUGUGGAUGGAAGAUACAUCACAGCACAGCCUCUCGUAGGCAGGCAGAACCGAGCGUUUUCAGUCGAUCCAAACUUGGACUUGUCCAUCAAAGAGCUGGUGACCAGGAUUCUUCCUGUAGCAGCAAGUUACUCUGCUGUCACCAGGUUUAUAGAGGAGAAGUCUUCCUUCGAGUAUGGACAGGUAAAUCAUGCUCUGGCUGCUGCUAUGCGGACUCUAAUCAAGGAAUACAUGAUACUAAUUACGCAGCUGGAACAUCUUCAGAGACAGGGACUUCUGUCACUGCAGAAACUCUGGUUUUAUAUCCAGCCAACAAUGAGGACACUGGAGAUUCUUGCUUCACUUGCUACUUCUGUGGAUAAAGGUGAGUGUAUGGGAGGAUCAACCCUGAGCUUACUCCAUGACAAGACUUUCAAUUACACGGGGGACAGCCAGGCCCAGGAGCUGUGCCUGUAUUUAACCAAGGCAGCCAGUGUGCCUUACUUUGAAAUUCUGGAAAAGUGGAUAUAUCGAGGCAUCAUUAAUGAUCCAUACAGUGAGUUCAUGGUGGAGGAACAUGAGCUGCAGAAGGAGAAGAUUCAAGAAGACUAUAAUGACAAGUAUUGGGAUCAAAGAUAUACUGUUGUUCAGCAACAGAUUCCCUCAUUCUUGCAGAAAAUGGCUGACAAAAUACUAAGCACAGGGAAAUAUUUAAAUGUUGUGCGAGAAUGUGGACGUGAUGUUACCUGCCCUGUGGCUAAAGAGGUCAUCUAUACUUUGAAAGAGCGAGCAUAUGUGGAACAAAUAGAAAAAGCAUAUAACUAUGCUAGCAAAGUUCUUCUGGAUUUCCUAAUGGAGGAGAAAGAGCUGGUGGCUCACCUAAGAUCUAUAAAACACUAUUUCCUGAUGGAUCAAGGGGACUUUUUUGUUCACUUCAUGGAUCUCACAGAAGAGGAACUUAAGAAGCCUGUAGAUGACAUCAUAACUACGAGGCUAGAGGCUCUGCUUGAAUUAGCCCUGCGAAUGAGCACAGCCAACACAGAUCCUUUCAAGGACGAUUUAAAGAUUGACUUGAUGCCCCAUGACCUCAUUACACAGCUCUUGAGAGUAUUGGCCAUAGAAACGAAACAGGAGAAGGCCAUUAUCAGUGCAGAUCCCACAGAGCUCACUCUCAGCGGUCUGGAAGCAUUUUCCUUUGACUACAUUGUUAAGUGGCCUCUGUCCCUUAUUAUAAACAGGAAAGCACUAACAAGAUACCAGAUGCUCUUCAGACACAUGUUCUAUUGCAAACAUGUGGAAAGACAGUUGUGCAACGUUUGGAUCAGCAAUAAGACGGCCAAGCAAUUCUCCCUGCAUUCAGCUAAGUGGUUUGCUGGUGCUUUCACACUGCGGCAGCGGAUGCUGAAUUUUGUACAGAAUAUCCAGUAUUACAUGAUGUUUGAAGUGAUGGAGCCAACAUGGCACAUUCUUGAGAAGAACCUGAAGUUGGCAUCUAAUAUUGAUGAUGUCCUGAGCCACCACACAAGCUUCCUGGAUAACUGCUUGAAGGAUUGCAUGCUAACCAAUCCGGAGCUGCUGAAGAUCUUCUCCAAGCUGAUGUCUGUCUGUGUCAUGUUCACAAACUGCAUGCAGGUAUGUACAACCUCCCUGUAUUGA